CCCCAGCUCAAGCGCGAGUGUUGUGGAGAGAAAUAGCACUUACUGCCGAUGGUAACAUGAUCGAUCAAAAAUACAGUCUGUUAUCCAGAAGUUUUGUUUUGUAUGAUUGGACUGAAUAAAACAAUAUUUGACGUACAAUGGCUUUAAGCGAUUCUAGUUCUCAGGGCGUGGAUACCAGAGAGUUAUAUUUUCUAAUCACCAAGUUUUUGGCUGCCGGUCCGUGUCGCGAAGCUGCAGAGGUCUUGAGGCGCGAGACAGGACUUCAUGGACUGUUACCUAAGAGAAUUGAUUGGGAGGGAGGCGAAAAUGAUCAAUCAUUUGACGAAUUGGAAAAAAAAUAUCCUCACAUUGGUUCUCAGCAUCUUCAAAAAAUUUGUUCACGAAUUGCACCUCUUUUGGAUAAAGAGUUUCCUCCAGUUGUACAAAAUGUUUCAUCUCUUCUUGGUGCCGGUAGGCAAUCAUUACUCCGAACUGCCUGGCACAUUAAUCGUCAAUGGUAUAGUAUUCGAGAGUAUGCUGCAAGAUUGCAUCAACAACCUCUUCUGGACCCACCAAGUUUUUCAAGGCAGCAUAACAUAGUUAAAGCCCUAUUUGGACGAGAGCAAUCUGGACCAUUUACUAGAAAAUUAUGUGCUGGCCCCAAGCUAUAUGAUAAAUUUCAACUGUACCGAAGAACAUUAGGUCACCUAUCUGCUGUUUACUGUGUCCUGUUUGAUCGGACAGGAAGAUACAUCAUAACAGGUGCUGAUGAUUAUUUGGUUAAAAUAUGGAGUGCUCUUGAUGGGCGAUUAUUAUCAACAUUAAGAGGGGCUUCAGCUGAGAUAACAGACAUAGCAGUUAAUAAUGAAAACACACUCCUGGCUGCUGGAAGUUGUGAUAGAAUAUUGAGAGUUUGGUGCAUGCAAUAUUGUAGCCCAGUAGCUGUCCUUACAGGACACACUGGUAUGAUAACGUCUGUUAACUUUUGCCCAGCUGUAGUAAAUGACAUUAGAUAUUUAGUAACUACAAGCACUGAUGGUUCUGUAGCUUUCUGGUCUUACAUUCAUCAACCUGGAGCUCAGCAGGGCAAACAAGUCAAGUUCACAUCUAGACCGAUUCAGUAUAAUGAAAGAAUGCGUCCUGGCCAGGCACAAAUGAUAUGUGCCUCUUUUAGCCCUGGUGGCAUGUUUUUAGCUGCUGCCUCAGGAGACCACCAUGUCCGAGUUUACCUCAUGGAAGGUGAUGAAGGGCCUCACAGAAUUUUAGAAACAGAAGCCCAUACAGAUCGUGUAGAUUCCAUUAGCUGGGCUCAUAAUGAAUUGAGAUUCAUAUCGGGAUCAAAGGAUGGUACAGCUAAUAUUUGGUACCAUGAAAGACAGCAGUGGAAAAGCAUUAAACUUCUUAUGUCACAGAAAAUGCCAGGAGAGAAAGAAACUGAUGAAGACAACAAGCAGAAAUUAAAAGUAAUGAUGGUCUGCUGGGACUUGACUGAUCGAUUUGUUAUCACAGCUGCGAGUGACCAUACUUUAAAAGUGUGGAACUCUGAUACAGGGGUCUUGGUUCAUGUUCUUCUUGGGCAUCAAGAUGAAGUGUUUGUUUUGGAGUCCCAUCCUUGUGAUCCCCAUGUUUUACUUAGUGCUGCACACGAUGGAAAUAUGUUUAUUUGGAAUACUGCAACUGGACUCCCAAUAAAGAAGUUUCAAAAUUUGAUUGAUGGACAAGGUCAUGGUUCAAUAUUUGAUGCUAAGUGGUCGCCAGAUGGUACAAUGAUUGCAGCAACUGAUUCACAUGGCCACAUAAUAACUUACGGGCUUGGAACUGGUGGAGAUAAAUUGCAAUUUUUGCCAAAAGAACUGUUCUUUCAUACUGAUUAUAGGCCUCUUAUUCGGGAUGCAAAUCAUUUUGUAUUAGAUGAGCAGACUCAAAUGGCUCCUCAUUUAAUGCCCCCACCAUUCCUUGUUGACAUUGAUGGCAACCCAUAUCCUCCUCCACAACAGAGACUUGUUCCAGGAAGGGAAAGUUGCCCUAUGGAUCAGUUAGUACCUAAUAUAACAGUCAGUGCUGGUGGUCACCAGGAAGUCAUGGGAAAUGCUGAUCCCCCUGAGCCAAGGUCUCACAUUGAUGAAAUGAUUGCUGUUUUAGCACAGCGUCAAAAUUCUGUCGAUGAGGCUGGCCCUAGUGCUGGAAGACAGGCAGGCCCCAGUCAUACUCCCGCUCGAAGUAGUACUCCUGGUGGUAGCGCCCAUACUGCUGGGCCAGGGGGCAGUGGAAGUAAUAGGAAUAAUACUUCUCCCAGACAAGGAGGACAUCAUUUGAUUGGUAUGCGACGUACUGGUGAUGUGGAAGGUGUUAGGCAAUCAAGUGGCAAUUGGCAAAGGGACAACAGUGUUCGAUGGACCAAGAGAGUUUUAAUUCCCUCUCUCUCCAAGAAUGCUCUCAGGGCCAGGAGACAUCAUUUUGCUCAGUCUUCUACUCAAGAGCUGGAACAGUACAAGCGAGAGCAGAGGAGGAGACCAGUAAUGAUAACUGUUACUGCACAAAGCAGGGUUAAUAAGAAGAUGAUUCGCAGUGGAGCUCUAAGAAAUGGAGCUGUGAGAGGCAUAUCAAACCUACGCCGUUCCCAAAGAUCUAAUUUGGGUCAAAUGGAUGACAGUGAUUUUGAGAACCCUGAUGAUCUAGACCUGGGGAGCCAAUCCUCAGGAAAUGAGGAAGAUGGACCUGCAGUAGUCAGCAACAACCGUUCUCGCACACGCAGGAUCAAUUCUUCUUCAGAUGAGGAUGUUGAAAGUAUUGGAUCCUCAUCGCCAGCCUCAUCCUCUGAAUAUUCUGAUUGGAUUGCGGACCAGGGAGCAAGCUUAGAACCACCUAAACGUGCAAAGAGGAAACCAGUUAGAGCAAGUGCUAGAGCAAGGCGAGCUGCUGCCUCAGUGGAGGAUUCUCAUUCGGAUGAAGAAACUGAUGACAGUGAUGAGCCUGUUUUAGAACCAGACUCAGAAGAGGAAAGAAAGAAAAAACCUAAACCAAAACCAAAGCCAAAGCCUAAAAGGAAAAUGCCUCCUAUCCCUGCUGCUUUGGCUUCUAUGCCAGCAGGGACUGAAAUUCCUGAGCGUUACAAGCCGUCAGAGUGGUUGUCACAAGUUGUACCAAAGAAAUCACCAUACAGCCCUCAAAUGGGAGAUGAAGUCAUGUUCUUUAAAGAAGGUUAUCAAAAGUAUUUAGAGGCAGUGCGUACUAAAAAGGAGUAUGAAGUUGGUCCUCAAUGUGAACCGUAUGAGAAGUUUAACCUUGAGGAGCCUCAGCUUGCAAAAGUCGUAGGAAUCAAAUAUGAAAUCAGACCACCCCGCCUUUGUUGUCUGAAGUUGUGCGUGCUAUCACCAGAGGGUCAUAUGUCUCGUAAAUUUUUCACAUUGAAAUAUCAUGACAUGAAUGAUGUCAUAGAUUUCUUUGUGCUGAAUCAGACUUACCAACAGGCUAUGGAGCGAAAUUUCCAAGAAGGUGACCGGUUCAGAAGUAUGAUCAAUGAUGACUGGUGGACUGGAGUUGUGGAGUCUAAAUUAGAAAAAGAAUCACCAUUCUUAUCAAUACGGGUGCAAUGGGAUUCUCAAGAGACAGAGUUCAUGAGUCCAUGGGAUCUUGAACCUGUUGAUCCAAACCGUCAACCCGAGGAUGUUGGUGGGUCUGUUCCGGUUUUGCCAGAAGAAAUUGAAGCCACUUUAUACCAACCAAGUGAAGAAGAGUGGCCAAAUGGAGGAAGACAGGAGUCUACUGAACGCAUCCUGCGUGGUUUAGAAGGUGUUAUGGAGCUUUCAAUGGCUGAGAUUUUUCUUACACCAGUGGAUAUCACAUUAUACCCAUCAUAUGCCUAUACAAUUGAAUACCCCAUUGAUCUCUCACUUAUUAAGGCCCGUUUUGAAAAUAACUUUUAUAGGAGAAUUACUGCAGCACAGUUUGAUGUUCGUUACUUAGCAACUAAUGCAGAAAAGUUUAAUGAGCCCCAUUCCAGUAUAGUAAAAUCUGCACGCAUUAUCACAGAACUAUGCCUUAAAAUUAUAUCGUCACCAGAAGAUAUUGAUGUGAACGAGGAAUACCAUCAAGUUGCAAAUGGUUAUCAUUCAUCCCCAUCUGGCUCAGAGGAGAUAGAUGUAGAUGUUGACCCAAAUCAACCUGGGCCAAGUGGUGUAAAUCGGCCUAUUCGACCUAACAGAGUUCUUAAAGGUCAGAGAAAAUCUGUUCGUCAGCAAGCUCUUAGUAUUGACCCAGAUGAUUGGCGUCGUCAAUGUAUUGAUCUGCUGGAACUAUUGUGGCAGCAGGAGGAUGCAGAACCAUUCAGGGAGCCUGUCAAUACAGAAGAGUUGGUUGGUUACUUGCAAAUUGUCAAAACUCCAAUGGAUUUAUCUACUAUUCGCACAAAAUUACUAGAGGGGGAUCAUAGAAAUCCUCAUGACUAUGCACGAGAUGUUAGACUUAUAUUUUCUAACUCAAAAAACUUUAAUACAAACAAACACUCAAGAAUCUAUGCCAUGACAUGCAGGCUCUCAUCUCUGUUUGAGGAUCACAUGAAAACAAUUAUUCAGGAUUAUAAGAUGGCGCAGAUUCGUUCAAAAAUGUCUCUGCUUAAAGGAAAGAAGCGCAUUGCCAUGAUAGCCAUGAGUGGAACGGAUGCCAGUGGUGGAGAGGAUACUCGUCCAACAAGUCGAGCAAGUAGUCACCCAAGUAGUAGUAGUGCUGCUCAGCUAAAACAGAAAGAAAAUGCUGAUGGAGUCUUUGAAAAUGACCAUGAUGAUGAAGAUGAUGAAAACAAUGAGUGUGAACAGGAUGAGGAGGAAGAUGAUAUUAAUGCACCUGGUCCUAGCACCCGUGUUUCCAGAGUCAAUGGCGUCUCAAAUGGUAAUAACUUCAGAAGAACAUGUAGAGGUACUGCAAAAAAGGCAAACCCAUUGCAGUCACAUGAAUCGGAGGAUGAGGAUGAUGAAGAUGAAGUUGCUCCUGCACGGGCUGCAAGGUCUUCUGGUAUUAAGCGCAAACAGUAUGAAAGUGACAAUAGUUACGAUUCUCAGCCCAAAUCUAGCAAAAAAAGGAAAACGGUCGUAACUCGAAAAAAUGUCUCUAAUUCAAACUCAAGGACGUCUUUCAAUGAUAGCGAAGACACUGAAGCUUCUGUGUAUAAACCAAGUACCCGUUCUGCGAACGGACUUAGCACAAACGGAAGGGGUAAGGGAAAAGGGAGGGCAACUGGCCGUCCCAAGCGACAACACAAUGGGAGAAACAAUUCACUAGAUGAUGACAAAGACAGUGAUAACGGGAGUGAGACUGAUGAAGAAAAUGUAAAGCACAAGAAAAGAUCUAGUGUUAACAGUAGAGUCAUUAAAAAAGUUAAAGAUGAAAGCGAUAGUGCCAGUGAUACUUCAAGCAAUAGCAGUGAUGAUGAUGCUGAAGAAACUGCGGAUAGUGAUGAGAGUGAUGAGAGUCUCGACCUACAUGCACCCCCUUCUAAAUCAAGCCGUGCCACCCGAAGUAAGAGCAAUUCAUUUGGAUUAGAGAGAAACAGUGAUGAGGAUGAAGAUGGGAGCGAAGAGGAGGAGGAGGAGGAGGAGGAGGAAGGAAGUAAAGCUAUUAGCAAUAAAACUGACAAUAGUGAAAACUCAGACUAUGAUGAUGACAAAGAGAACGAGGAGGAGGAGGAAGAUGAUGACAUCGGACGUUCAGCACAAAGCAAUGCAAAAGGCAGAUCAAGCAGAGGUGGCCGUACAAGCUUUAACUACAAUGAAUCUGACAGUGAAGACUCUGAUGUACCGAAAAAGUCUAGCCUCACUGGGAAACAAUCAAAAAGGCCUGUGAGAUCGGCUACCAGAAACAGACGUCCCAUGCAAGACUAUGCUAGUAGUGAUGAGGAUUAUGGGCAGAACAAGUCAUCAAGCCGUAGAAGGAAAUCCUCAAAACCCAACUAUGUAGAGGAAGAGUCUGAGGAAGAGCCAAUAACAACAGUAAGCAGUAGGGGUCGUGUACGGAAGGUGACUGAAAAAGCACGUGCUCUUUAUAAUAAGCAUUAAGUACUAAUACAACUGCUAUCAUGCAUUGUUGAUAUUCUAGGUAAAUGCAUUUAUGUUCAGUUUAGAGCAGUGACUGAAUGUUAUUUAAAACUGCUUCAGUACCCCCGCCCCUUCAAAAACAAAAUAAAAUAAAAAUAAAAUAUUCUUUUGAGUUAGUGUGAAUCUAUUGACUGGUGUAUUCCAGAAUAAGAUGGCUCUGUUUCUUGGUGGUGAAAUUUCCUUUGUUAGUUACUAUUUUAAUGUAAGGACAACAGUUUUGAUCUCAUAAGUGAGAUUUUCUCUUACUUUUCUCUGAGGCACUGCCUUUAAUAAUGUGAUAGGCAUUACUGAAUAUUCAGUGAUGCUGUUAGAUAGGUAACUUGGUAAUGUAUAAACAAAUGUGCUUAAGUGUGAUAAGUGAAGUAGUUGUAGUUGAGUGUAAUAGUUUGUAAUUUGUAAGUACUGAAUUUGGUCAUCUAGCGUGAGAGUUAGUCAAGAGUGUAAUAUUUUAAUUCUUUUUGAAUUAUUGGUUAGUUUUCUUAAAUUUUGAAUAUUUGAGCUGUACAUGAAGCCCUCCUGUAGGAAUAAAUUUGUGAUUAAGGGUGUACUUAAAUAAUGACCACUGAAGUAUACGUACUUUGCUGUUGUAAUUUGUAAAACAUAGUGCAGUGUUUUGUUUUCUCCAUUUUACUGUGAUUUCUACUAAAACCUGACUAGACAUAAAUAUUAAAUAUCUAUGCACUUUUGACAUCACAUUGCAAUCUCCCCUGAUUUAAAAAAAUAAAACAAACAGUAUGAGAAAAAAUUGCUCUCAUUUUUAUAUUUUGUGUGGACUUUAGUUAGAGGGUGUAUAUCAGAUAUGUGCCAAUCCCCAGUCUUUGGUUUACUGCUAAGAGUGUCUCUUCCAGUUAGAAGUCUUAUCUUUUUCAUGUGCAAGUAGUUUUAUUUUGUUUUUUUCUAUACAAACCAAAGCUGUAAGACAGAUACUCAUUGUUGGAUUUUAUUGCAGCAUUAAUGUAAGUGCAUGGAAAAAAACUGGUUUAUUCUGGGUUAUCCAGACUGUCCCAUAGCAAAUGGGACAUCACCAUGACCAUUUGUAAGUUAUAAGGAAUUUAUUUUUCUAUCAGUUUGUGUUCAUAACCUUUUAGUAAAUUCAGAUCUAUACCUAUAUUAUCAUGACUCAAUAUUUUAGAUUCAAAAUAAUGUAUGUACUCCAUCUUAAUUAAGACAAGGAUUUAUGCUCAAAGUUAUGACUAGGGUUAUCUGUACAUUGUUUUGGCAUAAAGUGCUGUGUUAGGUCAUUACCACCUCCUUGUAUCUUCUCACUUGGAAAUAUACAUCUAAAUGGAUGGAAAUCAUAAUAAUUUUGUUGUUAAAUAAACCAUUCUUAAAAUCCAAAUGUUACACUUUGGGAAGGAUCACUAACAAUCAAAUCAAGACUGUAUUGAGAUGAGAUGUGAAAAUGCCAACUUAAUUUUUCUUUUCAAUAAAUGAAGAAAAUUUAAA